UUCAGGUAUUCUAGCUGUGCUUUUUCCUGCAGAUUUUGAAAGACAUUGUAAAGGAAAUGAAAAACUACACAGAAGUAACAGAAUUUAUACUCUCAGGCUUAUCCGAUGACCCCAAACUUCAGGUCUUUAUUUUUGUUUUUCUGUUCAUCACCUACAUGCUCAGCAUCACUGGGAACCUGACCAUUAUCACCCUGACCCUGUUAGAUGCCCACCUCCAGACCCCCAUGUAUUUCUUCCUCAGACAUUUCUCCUUGUUGGAAAUUUCAUUCACAAGUGUCAGUAUACCCAAGUUCCUGGACUCCAUUAUUUCAGGGGAUAAAACUAUUUCCUUUAAUGAUUGUAUGGCUCAGUUCUUUUUCUUUAUUUUCUUGGGAGUUACAGAGUUUAACCUACUGACUGCCAUGUCCUAUGACAGGUAUGUGGCCAUCUGCAAACCCCUGCAUUACAUGACCAUCAUGAAUCAUAGAGUCUGCACACUGCUGGUCUUUGCUUCUUGGUUGGCUUCAUUCUCAGUCUUAUUCCCCUUAGUUAUGCUGUUCCUGCAGCUUGAUUACUGUAAGUCCAAUGUUAUUGAGCAUUUCACUUGUGAUUAUUUCCCCUUAUUACGUCUUUCUUGUUCAGACACCAAAUUCCUAGAGAUAGCAGGUGUUUCCUGCGCUGUGUUUACUCUAUUGUUGACUUUGGCAUUAAUAAUUUUGUCAUACCUAUGUAUCAUCAGAACAAUUUUGAGAAUCCCUUCUAAGAGUCAGAGGACAAAGGCCUUUUCCACAUGUUCUUCCCACGUGAUUGUCAUCUCCAUCUCCUAUACCAGUUGCAUUUUUGUGUAUAUUAAUCCAUCAGCCAAAGACAGGAUGCCUUUGAGCAAGGGAGUAGCUGUGCUCAACAUUUCAAUAGCCCCCAUGCUGAACCCUUUUAUAUACAGCCUACGGAAUCAGCAAGUCAAGAGAGCUUUCAUGGAUUUGGGAAGGAAGAUGGCUAUUUUUCUCAUGGAAGUGAAAAAAUAA